AUGAAUGGUAAGAUUGAGAUGGCGAAUUUUGGAGAUUCUGAUAAUAAUCUUACUGAACCUAUACCAGGAUGGGUCCUUAAAGCAAGGAGUGACGUGGAUGUUUCUUAUAACAAUUUCACCUCAGGUGCAAAAAAAUGUGAGAAAAGGACAGUAAACAUGGUGGAGAGCUAUUCUUUGUCAGCAAAAAUCUAUUCUCUGCAUAUCAACUGCGGGGGCGAAGAAGUAUAUAUCAACAACAGCAAAAUAUACGCCGCUGAUACAGAGGGAGCAGGUGCCUCAUCAUAUUACAAUGGUGGAAACUGGGCGUUUAGCAGCACAGGCCAUUUCCUGGAUGUUGAAAAUGGUCCUAGCGUAUAUAAUAUUUCCAACACGUCUAAUCUGGAUAACAUAUCCACAUAUGAGAAACAACUAUAUAGAAGUGCACGCACAUCUGGUAUUUCUCUCACUUAUUAUGGAUUGUGCCUUAUGAACGGGAAGUACUCGAUCAGACUUCACUUUGCAGAGAUUGUUUUCACCCGAAACAGCCCUGGAAAGCGUGUAUUUGAUGUCUAUGUCCAGGGGGACUUAAAACUAAAAGAUUUUGAAAUAGUAAGAGAGGCUGGGGGUACCGGUAGGCCAGUUAUAAAAAGCUAUAUAAUUGAUGUGAGGAAUAACACACUCAAGAUUCAACUUUACUGGGCUGGAAAAGGCACUACUCGAAUUCCUUAUAGCGGAAGUUAUGGUCCAUGUAUAUCUGCUAUAUCAGUUGACCCAAAUUUUGAGCCCCCAAAUUUUGGAAAAAAGAUUGAUGUUGGUAUGAUAGUUGCGACAGUUACUGGAGGGGUUUUUAUGGUAUUUUUAGUCAUUGUUAUUUUGUGGAAAAUGGGAUUCCUUACACUUAAAAAAACAGCUCAUAGAGAGCUUACAAGUGUAGAUCUACAAACAGGAAUAUUUACGCUUAGACAGAUAAAAGCGGCAACAGAGAACUUUCAUCCAUCAAGAGAGAUUGGACAAGGUGGUUUUGGUUCAGUGUACAAGGGUCUAUUGUCCGAUGGGACAAUAAUUGCAGUAAAACAACUUUCAUUAGCGUCUAGCCAAGGACCUAAUGAAUUUAUGAGGGAACUUGGUUUGCUUUCAGCCCUACGACACCAAAAUCUAGUGAAACUUUAUGGAAGUUGUGUUGAAGGGAAACAAUUUUCUUUGAUAUAUGAGUACAUGGAAAAUAAGUGCCUAUCAAGUGCGCUUUUAGGGGACGAUAUAGAAUUAAAGCGAAAGUUUACAUGGCCUGUGAGGUUUAACAUAUGCCUAGGGAUAGCUCGAGGCUUGGCUUACCUUCAUGAAGAAUCAGAUAUGAUGAUUGUGCAUCGCGAUAUUAAAAGCAGCAAUGUGCUGCUUGAUGGUAACUUUACACCGAAAAUAUCUGAUUUCGGUUUAGCGAAGCUAAUACAUGAUCAUGGACAUGCCGAUACCCACACCCAGAUUGCAGGAACAAUAUGUUAUAUAGCUCCGGAAUACGGCAUGUACGGCCGAUUGAGCCCCAAGGCAGAUGUCUAUAGUUUUGGAAUUGUAGCACUAGAAAUUGUAACCGGAAAACGCGUCCCCAACUUCAUACCCAAAGAAGAUGGUGUAUAUGUUACUGAUUGGGAUCGACGCCUAAAAGAAACAAAUCUAUCAGAAAUAGUAGAUCCAGGCUUAGGGUCUGAGUAUUCAUCACAAGAAGCAUAUAGAACAUUAAAGGUAGCCCUAAAAUGUGUCCAUAGAUUACCACACCGCAGGCCAAAGAUGUCGACGGUAAAGGAGAUGCUAGAGGGUUAA